AUGAGCCGGGGUGUGAGCGCCCGCGAGGCCGCCGCCUUGGAGGCGGAGGAGAAGGGCGAGAUCACCUACGAGGUCAUCACCAACGACAGCUCCAUCGAGGCGCUCGAGCGGCUCUGCACGUUGAAGAACAUCUUCGCGGCGCAGCUGCCCAAGAUGCCGAAGGAGUACAUCGUGCGCCUCGUCUUCGACCGGCGCCACGAGGCGCUCGUCAUCCUGCGCAACGGCACGGACAUCCUCGGAGGCAUCGCGUACCGCCCGUUCCUCGAGCGCCAGUUCGCGGAGAUCGCGUUCUGCGCGAUCACGGCGAGCGAGCAGGUGCGCGGCUUCGGGACGCGCCUCAUGAACCACCUGAAGAACCGCGCCGUCGAGCGCGGCAUCCUCUACUUCCUGACGUACGCGGACAACCACGCGAUCGGCUACUUCCAGAAGCAGGGCUUCGACAAGACCAUCUCCAUGCCCAAGGCCCACUACCUGGGCUACAUCAAGGACUACGACGGCGGCACGCUCAUGGAGUGCUACGUGCACCCCAGGGCAGGACAAGAGAGCGAAAUUCCAAACUUCAAAGCCUCAUAUCUCGGCCGUUUUCCACUCGUUUUGGCUGAUUUUUGGACGGGCGAUCAUCUCUUGGAACGGUCUCGAAGCGUGGAUGCUUUUUCCGGAACUCGCGCGCGCGGAACACUCACGUUGAAGCGACGUUGA